AUGGCAGCCGUUCAACUCUCUUUCUCUUUGCGCACGUCCUCCAGCGUUAAGACCGUCCACCUACUCGGUUCUUGGGAUAACUACUCUGGCCAACUUCCCCUUUCUCAGGACAAGUCCUCCUCCAAGUCCGGCUCGUGGAAGGGCAAAUUCAGAUUCCAGGGCGCAACUCUCCAGCCCGGACAACGAUACUGGUACUAUUACAUCAUCGAUGGUUACCACGUAUCCCACGACCCUUCACAAUCAUCCACCACCGAGCCCACAACAGGACGUGUUUUGAACAUCCUCGAUGUCCCAAGUGACAAGUCCUCUUCCAAGUCCUCCUCGAAAUCCAGCAGCUCUUCCAAGCACUCCUCGUCCAAGAGCAGUUCAUCCAAGCACUCCUCUUCCCGAGAUAAGCACUCCUCAUCCUCCAGCCGCCGUGAAUCUCGCCGUGACAGUUUGACGGUCGAUAUCCCCAAGGGACGUCCCCUCUCUGUCUCGCAGAUCAAGUCUCCAAAGCCAGUCACUCCCCAUGCGACAAAGCACAUUUUGGACUACGCCGCGCCAACCGUCGAGGAGUUGACUUCGCGCUUCAGCGCCUCUACUAUCGACGAGUACGAUGAUUAUGAGCUCUCCUCCUCACCACCAUCCUCAGUCGGCUCCAGCUUGUCGAGCCGCUCCGACAGCAGCUCACCGAGCUCCGCCAGCUCUCUCAGCGACUACAGCUCCUCGUCGUUGAGCUGCACCUGUGAACGCUACGGGAUCACCCGUGCUGGUGAUCGCGUCAAGCUUGACUGCGGAGGCUCCCGAUGUGGUUACGAUGAUUCUAGUUCUUGCUGUUCCUCUGGCGAAGAAGAAGAAUUCGUUCCCGCGAGCGCAAGACGCCAUGGUUUGGUGAUCAGAGGCUGA